AUGGCCGGGUGUAGUAACAAUAAAUGUGGCCUGACACAAAGUGAACUUGAAGCGGAGGCACAAAAGAUUAUGGACAAUGGAUUAGAUAGUGAUAGUGAGUUUUCGGAUCAAGUUAGUGAACACAGUGAUCACCAAACAGAUUCCGAAGAAGAAUGGGAUGAUGACGGCGAAGAAGAUAUACAAAACGAUAGCUCCCAAAGUAGCAGUGAAUCUUCAACUGAGGAAAAUAGUAUUUCUGACAAUAGAAAUUCCUAUUUUGGUAAAAACAGGUUCAAGUGGGCUAAAAGUCCUCCCGCUUCAUCUCGUACCCGUAAGCAUAAUAUAAUAAGUCACUUGCCUGGUAUUAUAGGAGAAGCACGACUUAAGAUGCCUAAGGAACCACUUCAGGCUUGGGAGUGUCUUAUUAGCGAUGAUAUAAUACAAGAAAUACUUACAAAAACUAACGAAAGAAUUACUUUUAUGGCAUCUAAGUAUAAUUUACACAAUUUAUCAUGUCAGUAUACCAAUCAUCUGGAUGUCAUCGAAUUAAAAGCAUUCUUAGGACUAUUAUAUUUAGCAGGUGUAUUCAAAUCAAAUAACGAAGAUUUAAGGUCUUUAUUUGCAACUAAUGGUACGGGCCGUGAUAUAUUUCGAGCCACUAUGUCACUAAACCGAUUUUAUUUUUUGCUUGCAAGCCUUUGCUUUGAUGAUCCAGUUACGCGACUAGAACGUAUUGCUAACGGAGACAAUUUAGCGGCUAUAUCUAAUAUUUUUAAUACAUUUAUAACUAAUUGCCAGUCCAAUUAUAGCUGCGGCGAAUAUGUGACCAUAGAUGAAAUGCUUGUAGCAUUUAGAGGGAGAUGCAAAUUUAGAAUGUAUCUGAAAAGUAAGCCAGACAAAUAUGGUCUAAAAAUGCAGUGUUUAGUGGAUACUAAGACACAUUAUCUGUUAAACAGUUUUAUAUAUUCUGGAAAGGAUACUCACAAAACAAAUCCAAGAAAGCUAGCUAUCCCUACCCUAGAUGUUUUAGCCCUUAUUCCACCGAUAUCAGGAACCAACAGGAACGUAACUGCUGAUAAUUGGUUCUCUUCCGUUGAGCUAAUAAGGGAACUAAGAAAGCAUAAUAUUACAUAUGUUGGAACCCUAAAGAAAAACAAAAGAGAGGUCCCUUAUGAAUUUCAACCUCACAAGGACAGGCCAGCAAAUUCCGCAUUAUUUGGUUUUACAGGAAGCGAGAGCCUGGUAUCUUUUGUUCCUAAAAAAAAUCGUGCGGUGUUACUAGUAUCAACUAUGCAUCAUUCAAAUGCAAUGGUAAAUGGAAAGCCAGAAAUUGUAAAUUUUUAUAACGAGACAAAGGGCGGGGUGGACUCGUUGGAUAAAAAAUGUGCAUGCUAUAAAACUGGCAGAAGAACUCGGAGAUGGCCUCAAGUCAUAUGGUUUCGCAUUUUAGAUAUUGCUGGAGUAAAUGCUAAUGUAAUUUUUAAUGGUGUUCAACGAAAUAAAAUAAUGGAAAGAAGAAGAUUUUUAACAACUUUAGGUCAACAACUCAUAUAA